AUGCCUAGAAUCGGACUUCCUUCCCACCGACGUGCAGGAACAAGUCAAACCGCAGAGCAGCGAGAGGAAGUGAGGGCUGAGAUGUCAGCGGAGAGAACGUUGCUGUUGCAGCCCCAGACUGACAUGGCUGCAGCACCAGCUCACUUCUCCCAAGGCUUCUUUAAACUCUGCUCCCUCUUUUUCCUUGUAAUCAUUUGGUGCGCUUUGUUGGGCAUUGGAGCUACAGUGAAGGUCACCCAGGAGCCUCUCUUCGCCAGCACGUUGCAAAAGGGGCGCCGGACACUCAACUGCUCACAUUCAGAAAGCUCGACGACCUACAAUUUCUUCUGGUAUCGCCAGCUGCCUGGGGGGAAAGAGCUGAAGCAUAUCGGGAGCCUCUAUGAGUACAACGAGAAGAUGACUGAGUCAGAGGGGUGGCUGAGUGGGAAAUGGCUGGAGAAGGGAAAGAAAAUGAGUCUUGAGCUUCAAGCUCCUCAACCUAACGACACAGGGCUGUAUCUGUGUGCUGUAAGGGACACCGUGAAACAGGCAGGAACUGCAACUGGUGCAAAACCGAGUGCCAGCAUCAAACAGCCCCAGCUCCUUCCUCAUGCUGCUGGCAUACUUCCGAUAUCACAUAAGUGCAGUAUCACUUCCCACAACCAGUGGGCAUACUGGUGCCAUCAUCUGCAUCAGGGACACACAGUACAAGGAGCUGAGCAGAGGAACAGUCCUGAUGUCAGACGUGUGCAACAUUGCUUCCCACAAUUUGUGUACACUGAUGCCAUAAUCUACACCAGGGUUCCCCAACCCGGCGCCCUCCAGACGCUUCUUUGA